AGAGAUACAUGAUAAUAUACUCCUAGAUCACGCAUAUACGUCAGGUAGUGCUGCAGCCUGUUCACAAAUGCGAGACAUGGCCCAUGCAAAGGGUGAUUAUCCAUCUGAUGGAAAGACACUUUUUGAAAAUAUCUGCCUUCGAAUCUGACAAUGAAAGUGAUUUAUUGGAUGACAAUGAUGAUGAAUCCAUCCCAGGAAUACCCCUUUUCGGCAGACACAUAGUGGAGUUGCAAGUGUUGGGCAAUCAACUGAAGAAAUCAUGUGUGGACAGAUAUUGCAACUUUCAUCAUGUAUUGGGGAAAGCAGAUAUGGAUUAGGGAGUAUGCUUCAUAUCUAGUGUCUUGCUUGCCAAAAAUUAAAUAAAAUUCCAACAGGAAAGAGACGGCAAAACGGAGUAUGGGAUAUAAAUUCAAAACUGGGUGCUGCUAUUUUAUAUACUGGAAUUGGAGAAACAACAGUGAACAGAUUUUUGGCAGCACUGAACUUACCAAAUGUUGACCGUAAGACAUUAAAAGAGAGAGAGAGAGAGGCUGGUGCAGCAUUUGAAGAAAUAGCAGAAAUGACAUGUCAGGAAGCCAUUAAAAAAGAGAAAGACGGCUGUAAAGAAGAAGAAACUGUUUCAUAUGAUGCUGGUUGGCAAACACGGGGAAGUGGAAGAAACUAUGCCAGCUUAUCAGGACAUGGAAGUAUGAUUGGUGUGACCACAGGGAAAGUUCUCGCAUAUGCUGUACGAUGCAAGAAAUGUAAACAGUGUGACCAGGAUAUCACCAAUGACACAACCAGCAGUCACGACUGUAGAAAAAAUUGGUCUGGAUCAUCCAAGUCCAUGGAGCCUGACAUUGCCGUAGAAAUGUUACACAAUUUGAAGGAAAAGGGAUUUCAUGUAAAAGACCUAGUCAUGGAUAAUGACACGACAACCAUUUCCAAGGCACGUUCAUCUUUUGAUCCUAAUAUCAAUAAAUUUUCAGACUUUAAUCACACAAAGAAGAACUUCACUAAUAAGCGCAACUCCUCAUAA